GCGCUGUUCAUGUACCGCUCUACAGGAGAAUUAAGUAUCGCCCAGUUUCCGACGUGACUCUGAACAGACAGCCAUCUCCACCAUGAAGCUGACAGUCGUCUUCACGGUUGUCACCCUGGCUCUUUGCUGCUACUCAGCUUCUGCUCUCCUGGUUGACACUGUUGGUUCAAAUGUGUUGCCAACCCUGCUUUCCGUUCCUAUCGAAGUCCUCAAGGGCCUGAUUGAAGGGGUACAGGGCUGUGUGAAUGAGCUGAGCCCCGAAGUGGUAUCUGCCCUUACUAGCGCGCAGGCUCUUCUGGGUUCAGCAAACGUCCUGGGGUAAGGAUUCCUGCAGAGCCAGGCGAGGAUCUCGGAUGGAUGAAUACCGGAAGCUCCCCUCUUCUUCCUCUCUGAUUUCAGCGUUUCUCCUAUCUCUGCAUGCAGCCCAAGCUCCUGGUGCUCUCACCCCCUCAAUGAGGGCUCAGAAUCGCUCCAAUCAUUUGUUUCAAUAAACUAACUGCAAUGCA